AUUUUCUCUUCUUCAUGGUUCCCCCCUAACUAAAGAAACGCCUAAACUUCAUCAUCAGAUCAUCAGCUUCUUACGCUAUCCAAACGCCCCGCAUGUAUCGCAUCUCCAUCCCGCUCGAAGAGAUCGAGGAGGGUGGCGGCGAGUAUCGUGCAAAAAAUCCCAAAGGCAAAGACUUCCGCGAUGUCAUCCAAACCCGUGGAAACGAUGGACCGUCUUUACUUGCCCAGGCGGAAUUACUGCUAGUAUGCAGUGGUAAAUUGAGGAAUGGCACAAACGGAACUCUUCUCAUUUUCCGCUUCAUGUUCACCGGGCUCGAGAAUGAUAGUUCUCAAAGAUUCACUUCGGCCAAAAUCAGGGUCGAGUUCAGCGACGAGCAGUCGCGAAUUGCCUAUGAUCCAGAGGUGGUCUCUAUUCGGCCUGCCAGGCAACAAAGAUUUGACGUUGUCACGGAAAAACCCGACAAUCGACGCGGGGGUAACAUAGCCCUCAGGACCGAAGGGCUACCUGUAGGAUUUGGAGUGGGAAGACAGUGGAUGAUCUCGACCCCAUCAGUUAGAGAGUAUUACUCCAAGCUAAGUGCUGCGAGGUUCAAUACGAGAGACUUUGUGGGCUCAUGGAACAGCGUUGUAUGGCAGCUGAAUGAGCACUCUUUAAAGAAACAAGGGGUGCCCCAUCUCUUACAGACAGCCGUGAUAGUGCGCCGGAGAGGCGACGGCAAGUUUACGAUGAAGAUAAGGAUCGAAACAACGACAAAUCUGCAAGCUGGGACGAUAAACAUGAUUAAGAAGCUGGUUGGCAUGACGCAUUCAGAACCUGUCGACGCGGUCAAUAUUGAUUCAAGAUUAUUCAUGCUCAAAGAGAUUGAUAUCCCAGAGCUAGCAGAAAUGAGAAGCAAGGGUGAGAUAGAAUUGGACAAGAUUCAUUUGGAAGAUUUCGUCAGUCUCAUGAAUAAGGAAAACAUGUAAGGCAUAGGGAGGAGAAAUAUACCAUGUACGUAGGUCCUAGGUAGAAUUUUGAAAAUUGGUAUUCUCGCAGACUGAUACGCUACCUCAUGAUCAAGUCUGCACAAUGAUUUUGGC